AUGACGACUCCGCAGACCAAACGCAUCGGACAAUACGUACACCUCAAGCCCGACUCGCUGAAAGCCUACAAGGCCUGUCACGCCGCGGUCUGGCCCGCCGUCCUUGCGCAGAUCCACGCCUGCAACAUCCACGACUACUCCAUAUACUACGACUCCAAGACGAACAUCUUGUUCGCGGCUUUCAAGUGGACAGGCACGGACUGGGACGCAGACAUGAAGGCCAUGGCGGAGAACAAAACGGUACAGGAGUGGUGGGAGAUGACGGAUGCGAUGCAGGUUAGCCCGACAGGAGCGCGGAGUAGCGUGGAGGGGGGAUGGUGGAGAGAGUUGGAGGAGGUGUUCUAUUUUGCUUGA